AUGGCCGAGGGGGCGUGUCCCGGCUCGGCCCCGCCCCUGGCUAAACCCCGCCCCCUGUCCCCGCAGGCCCCGCCCAUGGCCGAGGGGGCGUGUCCCGGCCCGGCCCCGCCCCCGCCGCGCGCCGUGCCGUGGUGGGGGGAGGGGCGGGGGCGGGGCCUGCCGGUGAUUGGCGGGUGGGCGGCGCCCCUGCUGCGUCCCCGGGAGACCCCGCGGCUGUUCCGGGAGCUGCCGCCCCUCCCCCCGCCCCUGCGGCACCUGCGGAGGGUCCGGGCGGGGCCCGGGGGGGCGGAGCUGCUGCUGGGCCCCGCCCACGAUGACGCCGCCCCCAUCGAUUACAUCAUCGCCGAUGACGUCACUGAUGACGUCACCGAUUACGUCACCGAUUACGUCACCGCCACCCCCGGGGCCGGAACUGGGACCAGUAAGACCAGUAACACCAGUAACACCAGUGGCACCAGUGGCACCAGUAACACCAGUGGCACCAGUAUAACCAGUAACACCAGUAACACCAGUAAGACCAGUGGCAGCCGCCUGAGCGGGGACACCGAGGGCUCCAGUUGGACCAGUAUGACCAGUGCCACCAGUAUGACCAGUGGUCCCAGUCUAACUGCUCCCAGUAUAACCAGUGCCCCCAGUCUGACUGCUCCCAGUGCUCCCAGUCUAACUGCUCCCAGUAUAACCAGUUGUGACCAGUAUGACUUCUCCCAGUAUGACCAGUGCUCCCAGUCUGACUGCUCCCAGUAUGACCAGUGCUCCCAGUCUGACUGCUCCCAGUAUGACCAGUAUGACCAGUGCUCCCAGCCUGAUUCCUCCCAGUAUAACCAGUACCCCCAGCCUGACUCCUCCCAUUGCUCCCAGUAUGACCAGUCUGACUUCUCCCAUAUGACCAGUGCUCCCAGUGUGACUGCUCCCAGUGCUCCCAGUAUGACCAGUUCCCCCAGUUGCUCAGCACUGCCAGGCACGGCAUUGGUGCCAUCGGUGUCGGUUCCAGGCGCGGUUUCGGCGUCGUUGCCGUCGGUGUUGGUGCCGUCGUUGUCGGUGCCAUCGGGGCCGGGUGUGGCAUCAGUGUCGGUGCCAUCGGUGUCGGUUCCGGGCACGGUUUCGGCGUCGGUGUCGACGCCAUCAGUGUCGGUUCCGGGCGCAGUUUUGGCAUCGUUACCGUCAGCGUCGAUGCUGUCAGUGUUGGCGCCAUUGGUGUCGGUUCCAGACACGGUUUCGGCAUCGGUGUCGUUGCCGUCUGUGUCGGUUCCGGGUGCGGUUUCAGCGUCGGUGUCAGCGCCAUCGGUGUCGGUUCCGGGCGCGGUUUCGGUGUCGAUGCCAUUGGUGUCGGUGCCAUCAGUGUCGGUUCCAGGCGCGGUUUCAGUGUCGGCGCCAUCGGUGUCGAUGCCAUCGAUGUCGGUGCCAUCGGUGUCAGUUUCGGCGUCGCUGCUGUCGGUGUCGGUGCCGUCGUUGUCGGUGCCAUCGGGGCCGGGUGUGGCAUCAGUGUCGGUGCCAUCGGUGUCGGUUCCAGACGUGGUGUCGGCGUCGGUGUCGGCGCCAUCGGUGUCGGUGUCGGUGCCGUCGAUGUCGGUGCCGGGCACAACGUCAGUGUUGGGAUCGGCGCCGUUGGCGUUGGUUCCGGGCGCAGUUUCGGCAUCGAUGCCGUCAGCGUUGAUGCCGUCGGUGUUGGUGCCAUCGGUGUCGGUUCCGGGUGCAGUUUCGGUGUCGUUACCGUCGGUAUCGGCGCCAUCGAUGCCAUCGGUGCCAUCCCCAUCCGACCCGGCUCUGGGCCCCCCGUUCCCAGUUCUCCUGCCGGGCCGCGUGCCGGCACCGGGCGCAGUUUCGGUGCCGGUGUCGGUGCCAUCGGUGUCGGUUCCAGGUGCAGUUUCGGCGUCAUUGCCGUCAGUAUCGGCACCAUCAAUGCCAUCGGCGCCGUCCCCAUCAGACCCGGCUCUGGGCCCCCCGUUCCCGGUUCUCCUGCCGGGCCGCGUGCCGGCGCCGGGCGCGGUUUCGGUACCGUCAGACCCGGCGCUGGGCCCCCCGUUCCCGGUGCUCCUGCCGGGCCGUGUGCCGGCACCGGGCGCGGUUUCGGUGCCGUUACCGUCGGUUUCGGUGCCGUUACCGUCAGACCCGGCUCUGGGCCCCCCAUUCCCGGUGCUCCUGCCGGGCCGCGUGCCGGCACCGGGCACAGUUUCGGUGCCGUUACCGUCGGUUUCGGCACCGUUACCAUCAGACCCGGCUCUGGGCCCCCCAUUCCCGGUGCUCCUGCCGGGCCGCGUGCCGGCACCGGGCGCGGAGGCGUCGGCGGCGCGCCGGGCGGGGCUGUGGCCGUGGCGGGGCCGUGGGGUGCCGCGGUCGGUGCCACCGGCGCUGUCACCGCGGGAGGUGGCGGUGGCACGCGUGGCCAUGGCGGUGGCACGCGCCGCGGGCGCCGGGAGGGCGGCGGGGGCGGCGGCGGUGGAGCCGCGCAGCGGGCGGGUGGUGGCCGUGGGGUGGGACCGGCGUGGGGACGGUGGGGACACCAACGGGGACAUUGGGGACAUGGGUGGGGACGGCGGGUGGCACCCGCUGCGGCACGCCGCCAUGGACUGCAUCGCACGCGCGGCGCGGGCGCGGUGUGGACACCGAGGGGACACCGUGAGGACAUCAAAAAGUGGCCACCAUGGGUGUGGGGACAUCAAGGACAGUGUGGGGACAUCAAAAAGUGGCCACCAAGAACCAGGGGACAUCAGGGGUGGCAUGGGGACAUCAGAGAGUGGCCACCAAGGACCAGGGGACACCAUGGGGACAGCACGAUGUGGCCACCAAAGGGACAUCAGGGAUGGCGUGGGGACAUCAAAAAGUGGCCACCAAGGACCAGGGGACAUCAGGGACAGGUUGGGGACACCAAAAAGUGGCCACCAAGGACCAGGGGACAUCAAGGACAGUGUGGGGACACCUAAAAGUGGCCACCAAGCGGACAUCAGGGAUGGCACGGGGACAUCAGAGUGUGGCCACCAAGGAGACGGUGCAGGGACACCAAAAAGUGGCCACCAAGGACAAGGUGACAUCAGGGAUGGCACGAGGACAUCAAAAAGUGGCCACCAAGGGUGUGGGGACAUCAGGGACAGCACUGCAGUGGCGCGGUGUCACCAAUGUCAUGGUGACCAUGGCACUGGGGACAGCAUGAGGACAGCACGGUGUCACCAAGGACGAGGUGACAUCACGGACACCGUGGGGACACCGCGGUGUCACCAAGGACGCGGUGACACCGGGGACAGCACCGGGAACCUGCGGUGUCACCAAGGACAAGGUGACUUCGGGGACAGCACGAGGACACCGUGGUGUCACCAAGGACAAGGUGACAUCAGGGACAGCACCGGGACACCGCGGUGUCACCAAGGGCGCGGUGACAUCGGGGACAGCGUGGGGACACCACGGUGUCACCAAGGACGAGGUGACACCGUCACGGCGCGGCGCAGGGGACACCCCGGGGGAGGGGACGGCGGCGUCGGGGCCAAGGUGGCCAAGGUCAGCUCUGAUGACGUCAUCGCCGGCCACCGUGACGUCACCGCGGGUGACAGCGACCCUGGGGACACCGGUGACGUCAUCACCGACUGCGGCAUCGGUGACGUCACCGUGGACCUGAGAGGUCACAUGCCAGGAGUGACCGAGGAACCCAAUGCCACCUCUGGUGCCACCAAUGAUGUCACCAUGGCCAACAUUCCCAUGGACUUGGUGGCCCUCGGUGACAUCCCCAUGGAGCUGAGGGGUUACAUCAUGCCAGGAGUGACCGAGGAACCCAAUGCCACCCCUGAUGCCACCUCUGGUGCCACCAAUGAUGUCACCAUGGCCAAAAUCCCCAUGGACCUCAGGGGUGACACGGACCCAGGAGUGACCGAGGAACCCAAUGCCACCCUUGAUGCCACCUCUGGUGCCACCAAUGAUGUCACCACCACCAUCCACGGCGUCCCCAUGGACCUGGUGGCCUUUGGUGACAUCCCCAUGGACCUGAGGGGUCACAUGGACCCAGGAGUGACCGAGGAACCCAAUGCCACCCCUGAUGCCACCAACCACGUCCCCAUGGCCAACAUCCCCAUGGACCCAGGAAUGACUGAGGACCCCAAUGCCACCUCUGAUGCCACCUCUGGUGCCACCAACGAUGGCCCCAUGGACCUGGUGGCCCUCGGUGACAUCCCCAUGGACCUGAAGGGUCACAAGGACCCAAGAGUGACUGAGGAACCCAAUGCCACCUCUGAUGCCACCAACGACGUCCCCACGGCCACCAUCCACGGCGUCCCCCUGGACCUGCUGGCGCUGGGCGACGUCCCGCUGGACCUGACGGGUUACGUCAUCCCGGGGGCGGCCGAGUGCCGCGAUGCCAUCCCUGGUGCCACCAAUGAUGUCACCAUGGCCAACAUCCCCAUGGACCUGAAGGGUCACAUGGACCCAGGAGUGACCAAGGACCUCGAUGCCACCCCUGAUGCCACCUCUGAUGUCACCAUGGACCUGAGGGGUCAAACGGACCCAGGAGUGACCGAGGAGCCCAAUGCCACCUCUGAUGCCACCAAUGAUGUCACUAUGGACCUGAUGGGUCACAUCAUGCCAAGAAUGACCGAGGACCUCAAUGCCAUCUCUGAUGUCACCAUGGCCAAAAUCCCCACGGACCUGAUGGGUCACAUGGACCCAGGAGUGACCAAGGAACCCAAUGCCACCCCUGAUGCCACCAACGACGUCCCCAUGGCCACCAUCCACGGCGUCCCCCUGGACCUCCUGGCGCUGGGCGACGUCCCGGUGGACCUGACGGGUUACGUCAUCCCGGGGGUGGCCGAGUGCCACGAUGCCACCCCUGGUGACAACGGUGACAACGGUGACAACGGUGACAACGAGGGGUACCUUCUGUUGGGCUGCGACGUGUUCGUGACGCGGGAGCCGUGCGCGCUCUGCGCCAUGGCGCUGCUCCACGCCCGCGUGCGCCGCGUCUUCUACGGCCGCGCCAGCGCCCAGGGAGCGCUGGGCACCCGCUACGGGCUGCACGGGCACCCGCGCCUCAACCACCGCUACCGGGUGUGGGAACUGGGAACUGGGAGCACUGGGAGUACUGGGAGCACUGGGAGAACUGGGAGAACUGGGAAUGGGUGAUUGGGGACAUUGGUGGGACAUUGAUGGACAUUGAUGGGACAUUGGGCACGGGCACCCGUGGCUCAACCACCGCUACCGGGCCUGGGAGAUGGGCACUGGGGGAACUGGGAGAACUGGGAGAACUGGGAAUGGGUGAUUGGGACGUUGGUGGGACAUUGAUGGACAUUGAUGGACAUUGGUGGGACAUUGGGGACACCGGGCACGGGCACCCGCGCCUCAACCACCGCUACCGGGCCUGGGAGAUGGGCACUGGGGGAACUGGGAGAACUGGGAUGGGCACUGGGAGAACUGGGAAUGGGUGAUUUGAGAUGUUGGUGGGACAUUGAUGGACAUUGAUGGGACAUUGAUGGACAUUGGGCACCCGCUACGGGCUGCACGGGCACCCGCGCCUCAACCACCGCUACCGGGCCUGGGAGAUGGGCACUGGGGGAACUGGGAGAACUGGGAUGGGCACUGGGAGAACUGGGAGCACUGGGAAUGGGUGAUUGGGGAUACUGGGAGAACUGGGAAUGGGUAAUUGGGGACAUUGGUGGGACAUUGGGCACCCGCUACGGGCUGCACGGGCACCCGCGCCUCAACCACCGCUACCGGGUCUGGGAGAUGGGCACUGGGGGAACUGGGAGCACUGGGAGAACUGGGAUGGGCACUGGGAGAACUGGGAGAACUGGGAAUGGGUGAUUGGGGACGUUGGUGGGACAUUGAUGGGACAUUGAUGGACAUUGGUGGGACAUUGGGUGUGUGCCAUGGUUGGCACUGGGAUGGGCACUGGGAGGACUGGGAUGGGCACUGGGAGAACUGGGAGCACUGGGAUGGGCACUGGGAGAACUGGGAGCACUGGGAAUGGGUGAUUGGGACGUUGGUGGGACAUUGAUGGACAUUGGUGGGACAUUGGUGGGACAUUGGGCACCCGCUACGGGCUGCACGGGCACCCGCGCCUCAACCACCGCUACCGGGCCUGGGAACUGGGGACUGGGGGAACUGGGAGAACUGGGAUGGGCACUGGGAGCACUGGGAGCA